AUGAGUCGAAGCCUGCUCUACAUCGCACCAAACUAUCACAGCGACGAUUCAGCCAGCGACUCGGAUGACGAGAUGAAACAAGCAUGUCAUAGCUCUCCAUACUUCAUGUCAUCUCCUGCUCCACCUCAGAUCAGCCAGAAAGAGUCUCCCAUGACAGAUUCGGGCCAUGACGUGGUGGAUGCCAUCCUACUAAGCGACGACGAUGACCCAGCACCACAGUCGCUUCGAGAACAUCCGAAGCCAGAAGCGCGCGAUGCAGCAUACGCUUCUGAUCCAUCCGCCAUCUUCCAGGUAGAGACAGGUGAAGCCGACGACAACGCCUCCUCGCAACAAGACAUGCCCGCCGACCACUACGAGUCCGAUCUCCCACCAUCCUACACCUCCAUCCAAUCCGACCUUCAUGCUCGAAUCGGCAAGCUCCAGCAACAGCUCGCCACACAAGCAACCGAGCUACAGCAGAAAGACGCUCACAUCCAACACCUCACCGACAACGGCGAACACGGCAGCAAGAUCCUCGGCCACCGGGCUCGUCAGAUCUAUACACUUCAAAACGAGGUCGGAUGGGCAAAGACUCGCGCAAAGAAAGCCGAGACCGUGGUACAAGCUGCAUCUCUGGCUGUGUGCUGUAACGCUCGGAGGAAGUGGCCAGAAUUCGGUCGGCGGAUAGAUGAGUUGUCGAAAGCUGUUGCACAGGCUCAGGCCGAGUAG